GAUUGGUGAAAAAUAAACAAUAGCUGAACUGCACAAAAAGAGGGAAAUCCCCGUGACCAGUCGAGUAUAAUGUCUAGCCGUCGUAUGUUGUAUUGCAAGUACAGUUCUAAUCGCGACACGCCUAUCAUCUAUAUUAAUUACGUAGUUCAGAGGUUUGGUGUGGUGCCAAUGCUACGUCCGUGUAUAUAAUUUUUCUCAAGAAGAGGUUUAAUUUCAAAGAUUAACACAGGAUGACAUCAAAGGAAGAUGAAAAAAAUGGUGCAGGAGGUGGUAAUGAUGCACCGCAAGUAGACAUGGAUGACUUAUCUUCCCUACUAUCAAAAUUUGGUUUGAAAACUUCUGAACAAGAAUCUAAACCAAAGUCAGAGAAGAUUUUAGACGAGUUAACGAUUGAAGCUGUUGCAAAAUUUAUGAAAACUGAAAAAUGUAAAAAUAUUGUUGUGAUGGUUGGAGCUGGUAUCUCAACAUCGGCAGGAAUCCCAGAUUUUCGCUCACCUGGGAGUGGACUUUAUGACAACCUUCAAAAAUACAACCUCCCCACUCCUCAAAGUAUAUUUGAAAUUGGAUACUUUAUGGAACGACCUGAACCAUUCUUUAAAUUAGCAAAAGAACUAUAUCCAGGCAGUUUCAAACCAACGCCUUGCCACUACUUUAUCAGGCUCUUAGCUGAGAAGGGCAAGCUUCUCAGGGUCUUCUCGCAAAACAUAGACACACUGGAGAGAAUUGCUGGUAUUCCAGGUGAUCUCAUCAUGGAAGCACAUGGAACAUUCCACACGGGACACUGUCUCGGAGAAUGCAAGAAGGAAUACACUCAGGAAUGGAUGAAAAGUAAGUGGUAAGCUCUUCAAGUGGUAAAAUGUGCUAAAGAUAAAAUUCCAAAGUGCCCAGAAUGCGAUGGCAUUGUGAAGCCAGAUAUUGUCUUCUUCGGUGAAAGUUUACCAGCACGAUUUCAUCAUUUAAUCAAGGAGGAUUUUCCAAAAGCCGAUUUACUCAUUGUAAUGGGAACGUCUUUGAAAGUACAACCAUUUGCAAGUCUCGUUGAUAGGGUUAAAGAUGACACCCCUCGGCUGUUGAUCAACUUGGAGAAGUGUGGGCAGGUGGAUCCAUUCAUGAAGAUGCUGGGUCUAGGUGGUGGAAUGGAUUUUGAUGGUGAAGACAAUUAUAGGUAA